UGAUUUUUUGUGUAGGGGAGAAGUCAUAGGACUAAUGUUUUGAAGAAAGGUUAAUUUUCUUUUCUUUUUUUAAUUGUUUUUCCAUUGUGAUGAAAAAUAUAUUGCCAAUAAAAAAACACAAACGACAAAAAAACAUUCAAUAAUUAUGUCAUUUAUAAGUUAAAAUUAAUCAAAAAUAUUAAUAAAAAAAAAUGGGUGCAAAAGAAUCUAAACCAUCGUGUAUUAGUUAUGAAGAUGCAAUCAAAAGAGUUACUGAUACAGAAUUUCGCCGUAUUAAAGAGGCUUUCAAAAAAUCGGCUGGCCCAGGAAGUACAUUCUUAAGUCAAAAUGCAUUCCAACAAGAUGUUCUUUGCGAGGGAAUUCCACUUAGCGUUGCUGAAUUACUUUACGUAGCUUGUGGUGGAACACAAAAAGGAAUAUCAUUUAAAGAUGUUUUCUGUGGGCUGGUACUACUCACACGUGGUACUGAAGAAGAAAAAAUUCGGUUCUUAUGGAAUCUUUAUUGCAAUGAUUCCGGAACAUAUAUGCUCAAAUCAGAGUAUGUAAAAUCAACAAAUUUUCAUGGAAACGAAGCGAUUUCACUAUUCGCUCAAUCGGAUCGUGUUAAUUUUGAACAAUUUCGUGAUUGGAUUCUAAGUCAUCGGAAUUCAAGUGUACUAUCGAAAUGGCUGCUUUCGGAUACCUGUAUAAAUCUCACUUCCGAAUUGGAAACACCGACAUUCUAUCAAAGUCUUGCCGGUGUUACCCACCUUGAGGAGAAGGAUAUUGGAGAUUUAGAAAAAGAAUUUUGGCGAUUGAAGAGUACUUCAAUUACUGGCCAACUAGAUCUGCAGCUAUUGGGACCUUUAAUAAGUCCUCCAAUACCUAAAACAGCAUUGGCUGGAAUGUUUAGUGCAUUCGAUGAAAAUCGUGAUGGUCAUAUAGAUUUUAAAGAACUAUGUUGUGGUGUGUCGGCAGCAUGUCGAGGCCCAAAUGUGGAACGUUCCAAGUUUUGUUUUAAAAUAUUUGAUAUCGAUCGAGACGGAAUACUUAAUUACGAGGAAACAAUACAAAUGAUUGAUAUUCUUAUAUUCGUUGCAAAGGAGAACCACAAUGCCAAUAAUUACAAAGUCAUAAGCAAAAAUGAUGUGAUAAACGAUUUGCUUACAUUCGCAAGGAAAAAUGUUUCCAAUAUCCCACCAACAAAGCAAUCUGAUGUCCCCGAUACUCCAAAAGACAAGAUCAACCUUGAAAAAUCUAUCAGCCUUACUCAAGAAGACUUUAUGAUGUGGAACGUUGAGAGCAGCUUAGAUCUUGUUCAACCAUUCCUUGAUUUAACAUUCGAAGUUUGUCAUAUAGUUUUUGGAUUGUCACCACAAUGCAAACACAUGGAAUAUGAUAUUGUUAAAGGAUGGCUAACACGAGAAGAAAAACGUGGCUAUUGUGUUGGACAAUUUUGGUAUUUAAUAUCGAAAGAAUGGUGGGUCUCGUGGGUACAAUAUACUCAAAAUUUCUCUACCACUCCCUGUUAUUAUUGUAAAAAAUCAAUGGCCAAUGGAAUCAAUCACAAGGGUGGUUUGUCUGGUGUUGAUGAGGCUAUGGUUUGCGAUGAAAGUUUUAACUCACAUUCAUCAGAAUCUGUUGGAGAAAUUGUUACAACAGCAGAUUCUACUAGUUUAGGUUCAAGAAGCAGCGGCAUAUCUGAUGGACGACACUCUAGCUUAAGGCCAGGUCCAAUUGAUAAUACGAAUUUAAUAACUAUUAAUCCUUAUAAAAGUGUUCGCACUCUAACUGGCGAGGGUGGUCAUUUGAAGCGCGACACGCCAUUGGUUCAGAAUCAUGAUUUUGAAUUAGUUCCUAAGUCAUUGUGGAAAGCUCUAACACGCUGGUAUGGAGAAAUUUUACCACUGCCACGACAAGUAAUCCAACCGCCUAAUUCUGGUGAAGUCGAACUUGAAUUGUAUCCUUUGAAUCUGCGUAUAUUGAUGCAUCAACAAAUGCCACUUAACUCGCCAGCUGUCUCAAAUUGGGGUGCUGUUUCUGGAGGAGGAUAUGCUGCUUUGUCUACAACUCCAAAUGAAAUUCAACCACCCAAAAAGUACUUAGCUUAUACGGCUGCUUUCAGUCGUCUGGCUACAAUAAAACAAAUUGGAGAAUUUCUAUGCGAUCAAUUGCGAUGGAAACCUGAAGAUAUUCGUUUAUGGCAUAUCGCAAGUACAUCAGCGGAUAAUAAUCCAAUAAUGCUCGAGGAGGAAAAUAUGACUCUUAAAGAAUUACUAAUAAGAGAUAACGAUCAAAUACUACUAGAAGUUCGCAAUAAGGACCUUACAUGGCCCGAAGAAUUGGGAUCUCUUUCAUUGACUCACGGUAACUCGCAUAUGGAUAGACGACUUACACGAGCAUCAAUACAUUCGGUGCAUGCUCCUGGAGCAACUGGCCUUCACAAUUUGGGAAAUACAUGUUUUAUGAAUGCCGCUUUGCAAGUGCUCUUUAAUACACAACCAUUGGCGCAGUAUUUUAGGAGGAAUGUGCACCUUUUCGAGAUGAAUAAACAAAAUAAAUUAGGCACAAAGGGUCAAUUAGCAACACGUUAUGGAGAAUUGCUUAAGGAGAUCUGGACUGCUUCAACUCGAUCAGUAGCACCAUUAAAACUACGGUUCUGUGUUACCAAACAUGCUCCUCAGUUUGCUGGUGGUGGACAGCAUGAUUCCCAAGAAUUACUUGAGUGGAUGCUGGAUGCAUUGCACGAAGACUUAAAUAGGGUUACCGAGAAACCCUAUAGCGAACUCAAAGAUUCUGACGGACGACCUGACAAAGUGGUUGCUUUCGAAGCUUGGUCGCAACAUCAUUCGAGAAAUCAAAGUAUUGUUACCGAUUUGUUUUAUGGUCAGUUAAAGUCAAAGGUUAGCUGUUUGUGCUGUGGACGAGAAUCAGUUCGAUUUGAUCCAUUUAGCUUGCUUAGUUUACCGUUACCAGUUGAGAAUUAUUUGUACUUUGAAGUGCUAGUAAUUCCAUUGGAUGGUGCCAUUCCAAUAAAAUAUGGACUACGUUUAAAUCCCGACUCCAAGUACAUGGAUCUAAAGAAAAAUUUAUCAACUUUGUGCCACCUUAAACCAUACUUCAUGCUCGUUUGUGAGCUUUCUAAUUCCCAAAUUCGUCAAAUAUUAUUUGACGAUCAAAAGAUCAAGUCAUCAAGUGCCACCGAACUUUAUGUCUAUCAGUUGCCAGAGGAUUGCAAUGAAACGCGAUCAAGAACCAGUUCAACACUUGGUGUUAAUAUUGAAAAAGGUCUUAAAGACAUUCAACGAAGCUCAGCUCUACUAGUUGCACCCGAGGUCACAACGGCAAAUUACCAGCAACCGACACACCAGCUGCAGCAGCAACUGCAACAAGUACUUCCACAAGUACAACAAACUCAACCCAUUACUUCAACGCCAUCAUCAUCAAUAGCUACAACAGCAACAACAAUACCGCCGACAUUAUCAAAUCAUUUACAUAAUCUUGGAAGUAAUCAUCAUCAUUUUAGACAGCCAUCAUUGGAUGAAGAAUUGCAAAUCGAUGAUGCCGAAACGACUUCAGAUGUUGUUGACAAUAGUAGAUCAUCGAAGGUAAGGCGGUGCUUUGGAAACACCAUGUGCAUGCCCCAGAAUCUGUUGUGCUUCAAGCAAUCACCUGAGCUAGGCACUAGCCCCGAGAAUACAUUUGCCCAUAAAAAUUGCCAACGCAAACGCGUAUCGUCCUCCAAACUACUAAACGAAAAUACCUCAUCGUACAACUGCAGUUCGGAUGAGGCCAGUAGCAUAGGUAAAUCACCGGUAGACAUUGCCGAUAUCGAUAUUAGCCAGCCAACAAAAAGUGAUUGUCCGUGCCGUGGUGCCUCGAACAGUGAUAGCUGUGACGAUGAAGAUAGCAAUUCAUUGAAUUCCGAAAUGAAUUCAACCAAACCUGGAAUAUUCUCGAGAGUGCCAUCGCAACAUUAUAAAGUUGGGAAGUAUUUAAUGGCUGUACAUCGGAAGAUCACCAGACAAGAUACGUACUUUUUGUCGUAUCACAAAACAAGACCCAGCUUGUUUGGGGUGCCAUUGCUUAUACCUUGUGGUGAAAAUGGGACCAAUAAGGAUUUGUAUUGUGCGGUUUGGGUGCAAGUCAACCGACUACUCAGUCCAUUGCCAUUGGCACCGGAUCAAUCAAACCAUGCUGCUGAUUGCGAUGACAGUCUUGGCUAUGAUUUCCCCUUCACACUAAGAGCUGUUACAAGUGAUGGAUUGACGUGCGCUCUUUGUCCUUGGACCAGCUUCUGCAGGGGCUGUGAAAUUCCGUGCAAUGAUGAUUUGUUAUUGCGAGGUACCUUGAUUCCUUCUAGUGCUGCUACAAGUAAUGCUUCAACGCCAAAACUGAUGACAAAAUUUUCAUCGAUGCCAAAUCUGGAACCAAAGAAACCAAUGGAUUUGAAACCCGAUCAAAUCAACAUUGCCAUUGACUGGGAUCCCACAGCGCUGCAUUUACGCUAUCAGAGCACUAGAGAACGGUUGUGGGAAGAUCACGAGUCGCUUGCAAUUUGUCGCAAAGAGCGAACAGAGCCUGUUGAUUUAAAUCAUUGUCUAAGAGCGUUUACCUCGAAAGAGGAACUGGAGCAGGGUUAUCAUUGCAGUCAUUGCAAGGGUAAAAAACGAGCAACAAAGAAGCUACAAAUCUGGAAGUUACCACCCAUUUUAAUUAUUCAUCUAAAACGAUUCAAUUGUGUGAAUGGCAAAUGGGUAAAAUCUCAAAAAGUCGUUCAUUUUCCAUUCGAUGAUUUCGAUCCGACACCGUAUUUGGCCUCAGUUCCACAAGAAACCAUAUUACGACACAAAGAAUUACUCGAUUUGAAAAAUAAUGCAAUGGAUCAUUAUGCAUUUGCCGAUGAUGAUGUUGUUGUUGAGGAAGAUUCAACUUCAAGUCGUCAAGGUAGCAGUGAAUCGAGUAAUGAUCUUGAUGCAGUUGAAUCUGAAAUUCAAAUGAAUAAUGAACAAAUAAUGAGUAAAAAUAAUUGUGCGACGACGACGUUGAACACAACAACAAAAGAAUACGGCAAUGAUGUGAUAAACGAAAAUGUAGUCCUAAGAAAUACUAGAAGUAGUUUAGAUAAUUCGAUAGCCACACCGAAGAAAUUAGCUAAUGCAAGAAAUGAAAGACGAAGACGUUUGGUAUCAUCUAGUUUGACAAAAACACCGAUUAUAGAUGGUGAAUUUGAAGAUUUCCAUCAUCAUAAGCUGAAAGAAGGUGUUGAUGCGUUUGAUUUGAAGUACAAAUUGUAUGCUGUUGUGUCACAUUCCGGAAUGCUUAAUGGUGGACACUACAUCUCAUAUGCCUCAAAUCCAAAUGGAUCCUGGUAUUGUUACAAUGACAGUUCAUGUCGUGAAAUUGCCAAACAACCAAACAUUGAUCCUAGUUCAGCUUAUUUAUUAUUCUACGAACGUCGUGGCUUAGAUUACGAACCAUACUUACCAAAUAUCGAAGGAAAAACCAUACCAAAUGAAAAUGCUCUAGAUAUCGAUGAUAAUGAGAAUGAUUUAAAAAAAAUGUGCGUAAUAUCAUAAAAAAAUAUAUAUCUUCUAUAUAUAAAAAAAAAAAUAAUUUGAAAAACAAAAAAAAUUAGUCCACACAAGAAUUAAAUAUUUAAAAAAAUUAAAAAAAAAAUUCAAUGAAAGCUCAAAGUUCGAUUCGUUAAACACGUACCAUAAAAAUUUCAACGAUGCCAUUUCAAAUUAAACCAAUAUUAUAAUUAACAAAAAAAAAAAAAAAAAAACACA